GCUUUAGUCUACAAUUUCCAGGGGGAAGAAUAUUGGUACCGCACCUUGUGCAGCAAUUAUAUGUUUCCGUGUGCAACCACUGACAACUCAACAUCAAAUCCAAUGCAGUGAAUUACAUCACGAUACUAGCACAGAAAAGUUUAGCAGCACAAGAGCUUUCUUUUUCACAGGGCAACAUGUCUGAAGGUUUGCUUCGUUGGUGCAUCGACCAGUUGCACACCAGCUUCGGUUUAGAAGCGUGCGAUGACAUUGUUCAAUACAUCUUGUCCAUUGACAAUGCGGAGGAGAUAGCAGAAUAUGUUGGUGACCUACUCGGAGGAACUGAUGGGAAGAAGAAGCUGUUUAUCGACGAGCUAGUGAGGAGAUGGAGGAGUGUCCAGCAGGGGACACAUGAAAAUGUAAACCUCAUUCCCAUGAAAGUAACGUCAGACUUUCCAGAUAUGACAAAAGAUGCCCAAAAGAAAACCAAACGGAAAGGAAGAAACAAACAAGAAAUGCUUACUGUCGGCCAGAUAGAGCCAGAGCCUGAGGUUGUCAAGACUCCAAUUGAUCUGAUGAAGGCACAGGAAAAUGCUUCAUCCUCCACAAAGAAGAAGAGCAAAUUUGUAAGUCUGUAUGCCAAAGAGGGUCAGGAUCGCUUGGCCAUUCUGCUACCCGGACGGCAUGCCUGCGAGUGCCUGGCACAGAAGCACGGCCUGGUCAACAACUGCAUGAGUUGUGGACGUAUCGUCUGCGAGCAGGAGGGGUCUGGCCCCUGCCUCUUCUGUGGCAGUCUGGUAUGCACAAAGGAAGAGCAAGAGAUUCUUCAAAGGGAUUCCAAUAAAAGCCAGAAGUUGAGGAAAAAGCUCAUGGGGGACCGAGUUGCGUCAGAGGGCAUGGACUAUCUUCCCCACCAGGAGGCCAAGAUCAAAGCGGGCCUGGAGAAAGCAAUUCAGCACAAAGACAAGCUGCUGGAGUUUGACAAGAACAGCGUUCGGCGAACGCAGGUCCUGGAUGACGAGUCGGACUACUUUGCCACGGACUCCAACACCUGGCUGUCCCCCAACGAGCGUGCCGCCCUGCGCAAGAAGGAGGAGGAGCUGCGCGAGCUCAAGCACGCCUCCCGCAAGGACCGCAAGAUCACGCUGGACUUCGCCGGCCGCACCGUGGUGGAGGAGACGGGGAACCUAAAGCAGUAUUACGAGAAGCUGGAUGAGACUGUCCAGGCCAUCCAAGCUGGAUCUGGGGCAGGGCAGCCGAGCAGGAGGCAGGGGCGGGCGGACGGCCAGCCACCCAGAGAUCUGGUCAACCCUAACAUCGUCCAGGACGCACCACAGUGGGUGGAUGUGAGCGGUGGCAAUGGUCCCCGUCGUGCCCAGGGGGGCAGGUCUUCUGGGGGGUCGGCGGCUCCCGAGCGCUCUAGGCUGCGGCUGCAGGACGCGGAGCUCCAGGAGAUGGCGGACGGAGGCUGGUGCCUCAGCAUGCAUCAGCCCUGGGCCACUUUGCUCGUCAAGGGCAUCAAGAGGGUGGAGGGCCGCUCCUGGUACUCGUCCCACCGUGGGCGUCUGUGGAUCGCUGCUGCCGGUAAGCGCCCCACUCCCCAAGAGAUCAGCCAGGUGGAGGCCAUGUACCGCCAGAUCUCCAAGAAAGCGCCACAGUUCCCCCAGGAGUACCCGACCGGCUGCCUGCUGGGCUGCGUGCACAUGACCGACUGCCUCUCCCAGGACCAGUUCAGAGAGCAGUAUCCCCUGAUCUCGGAGGAGUCGGCCUCGCCAUUUGUCUUCAUUUGUUCCAACCCCCAGGAGCUGAUAGUAAAGUUCCCCAUGAAAGGGAAACACAAGAUCUGGAAGCUGGAGAGCCAGUACCACCAGGCUGCAAGAAAAGGGUUAAUACCGUCAGCUGCUGAGUGACCAGAGCAGAGCGGUGCCGUGUUGGUGCGUGACCCCGGAGGAACACUGGCUGAUGAGUCAUCUAAAGGACAUCCGUCUGAUCACGUGGGCAGCACUCUGGAACUUUGCCACUGGUGUUAAGUGUUGGCUUUCCCUCAAGCUGGGACUAACUCGCGUCUUGUUGCAAUAAACGGGGAGGUUAUCAUAAGACAGCCCACAUUUGUACUUAAUUGUAAGAUAAUAAAUAAAGAUGAAAUUCUAAACGUAAGCUAGUACCAGUAUGUCAUUUGUCCACUGGACCAAUAUUAAAGCAUCUAGUUGCAUAACUAUGGGAUACUAUUUCCAUAAAUGUAUCCAAAAGGAGAGUAAAUGUGUGAUGUGAUAUACAGUACAUUUCAAAGAGAAACAAUAUCCCUUAUGAAGAUUUUAUUAAACUGUCUGAUCUUUUCUAUGUUUGUUUUGUCACCAUGAAACGGCUCUCCAUUACAAUUGCGCUGUGCAGAAAAUAAAUACAUAAA